ACGACGUCACACACACGUGCUAAUAUUCGUAAGACACUCCAGACAACACUAUUUCCCGUAAGAGCGGAGGGGCGUGGUAAACCUAUAGUCCCGAUUUAAGACUUUACAACUUCAUAACCAUUCCCAGACUUUGUCUUCUAGAUGCGUGACUAAGGAUGGGGAUGUGCUGAAAGUUGUUUUCGGACGUUUUAGCGCGAUUUGAAAAAGAAGGCGUUGCGAGAUUUUCUUCUUUCUCCCCCCUCGUAGACAUCUCAGUUUGGACUCGCCGACUUUUACGGACUUAUAGCAAUACAGUGGGUAUACCCCGAAUUUGAAUUGACAUAGGAAAGACUCAACCCGAAACUAAUUCCGUGAAGCUUGAAGGCUAUAUAGCCCCAGCUGGAUUCCAUUUUCUCUUCAUUUGAACAGAAAGGAUGUAUCGAAACUUUGGGAAUCAAGGUCGGGGCAACCCGCCGUACACAGGCAGCGUCUCUGGGUCAAACACCGGAUCACUGGGAAGAACCAGCACCUCAACUACACAACCGGAGCAGUUGUCCAUGGCAGGCAGCAGCCAGUUUGUGCCAAGCCUCAAUGCUAUCACAACCAACCAAGACCUCCAGUGGCUGGUCCAACCCUCCCUCAUGCAUCCACCAGGUCCUUCAAGAUCACCAGUACCUCCUUACCCAACCUUCUCAGGGGCACGGCCACUGGGUCAGCCACCUUCCCAGCCCCAUCUUCUCAGACCAGGGGUCAUAAGAGCAGCUGCAAACACUACAGCUUCGACAAGGCGCAGGAACGAUGAACAUUUAUCCCAUGAAGACAUGGAAAGACGCAGAAUAAGAAGGGAGCGGAAUAAACUGGCAGCAGCAAAAUGUCGCAAUCGCCGACGGGAGCUCACAGACUCACUGCAAAGUGAGACUGACCAGCUGGAGGAUGAAAAGUCCCGUUUGCAGAAGGAAAUAGCUGAAUUACAAAAAGAGAAAGAGAAGCUUGAGCUGGUCCUGGAAGCUCACCGUCCCAUCUGUAAAAUAGAGGAGUCUGAUUCGGAUUCUGACCCAAAUCCAUCAAUUUCCUCUUUGGGAGGCAUCAAAAUGGAGCCAGAGGACUUCAGCAGACCUGGACCCUCAACCAAACUUUCAACAAAGAUGGAGAAACCCAAACCAAAGAUAACUAUCCCCACCAAGCCUUUGACAUCGUCUGCCCCUGCUGCCGCCACUGAAUCAGAGUCGCUCCACACCCCAGUUCUCACUUCCACUCCCUCGCUAAUGGCAUUCACAGCUGGUAUGGUUUUCACGUAUCCCUCUGCCUCUUUAGACACCAACGCCUCCAUCUCGUCCCAAGCUACAUCACAUCAGGGAAAUGUCCAACAGUCUCAAGCUCCACAGCCCUGUGGGAUAGCUCAUCGCCGCAGCAGCAGCAGUGGUGACCAAUCAGAUCACUCCCUGCACUCCCCGACCAUCCUCACUCUGUGAUUGACGGCCCAGUGAUCCUGGCGAAACACUAAUGUUCAUUUAGACGCAGUCAUUGUGUGUGUGUGUGUGUGUGUGUGUGUGUGUGACAAAAAGGAUCUCUGGGAAACCUGACAGAAAUGAAAGUGAUGAUUGUAAUAACCUUUUCAAAAUAAGGAAAUUGUGCAUCUGCUUCAUUUCAUUUCUUUUGAAAGUUGAUUCUAUAUUUGGAUAACAUGCACAUUAUUACAUUAUCAGGAUAUGAAUGUUACACUCUUUUUUAGAUUUUAUAUAAAAAUACAGACUUUAUAUUUCUAAUUUUAAAAGCUAUGAGGUGGAAAGAAUGUUUGAGGUUUAUUAUGAAAGAAUUGCAUGCAGAAUAUAUAUACAAGCCUUCUAGAAAUAACUGUGAUAACAUCAUCUAAUGACAAAUAAUAGUAAUAAAUCAUAUAUAAUAAUUAUACAUACGUAUAAUGUUGCAUUUAAUGACUUGUUCUAUUGUUACGUCAUGUUAUGUAACACUUUAUAAAUGUUUUCACCAAGAGAAAUAGAGUACUUACAAAUAAAUGGUCCUUAUUUUUGUAUGAAUUGUUUAAGAAUUCUAAUAUAGUCUAUGCAAAUUAUUGACCACUAAGGCUGGGCCAUAGGAGUUAAUAUAGAUUACAUAAGCACAUAUUUAUUUUUGAGAGUGUAAUAUAUUUUUUGGUAAUGUUUUUAUUUUCUGUGUCAUAUGAACUGUUUUGGUGGGCAGUGCCUUACUUUUCUCUUUUGUCAACAUUGAACUACUUCACAGAUAAUAAAAAACAAACCUUCCUAACUGUGUGGAUAUUGUAAUGAUGUAAUAUUACUGGUAAACAAACAAACAACAAGAUGAGUAUACUGAAAUGAAACUUAAAAACAACAGAUUCAGUUGAGAAUCCACAUUUCAAGUUUGCAAAAUAGAUUUUAAAAUUUUUUUGUGAGACUCAGAGACACCAGGUUAGCUCAAACUGGAAUAUAAUAUACUGUAGGAAUGAAACACAGUUGAUUAAUUGUUUCAUUCAUUUAAUUAAUCAAAUAUGAAAUAUUCUCUUAUUUCAGGGAUUCCAGAGUGAAGACUUGCUGCUUUUCUGUGUUUUAUAUCAAUAUAAAAUGAA